AUGUGGGUACCGGACACAGUUCUCUAUGACAAUGGCGACGAUGAAGUUUCCCAGGCUGGAUUCACUGAGAAAUUCAAGACAUUCGUCAUGCUUGAAAGUAAUGGAUUAUGYUCAUGGAUGGCACCAUCGACAUUUAAGAGUUCUUGUGAUAUUGACGUGACGAACUUUCCAUUUGACACACAAUCGUGUUCCAUGACAUUUGGGUCGUGGACGUACGAUGACAGACUUCUGUCUAUUAAACAACUUCAUGGAAAACAUAGCCAAGCAGAGAGGUACGUAGCAAAUGGUGAUUGGAAAGUACUUGAUGUAGACAUUUCAAACCCGAGAAAGAACUACACCUGUUGCACGUACCCGUUCUCGUCUGUCGUGUACACAUUUUCAUUGGAGCGUAAACCAGCUUAUCACGUGUUGUACCUUGUCGUUCCUUGCAUUAUCAUAUCAUGUUUAUCCGUGUUGUCGUUCUUCCUUCCUCCUGACUGUGGUGAGAGAAUUGGAYUAAGUAUUACAAUCCUUUUAGCAAUGGCUGUUUACUUGUUGAUUGUGUCUGAUAUUCUGCCCGAGACAUCGGAUCAUAUUCCUAGACUUGGYCUGUAUUACAUGAUAGUSAUGGGAUUACUUGCAAUGGUUGUGGCAGCCACAGGAAUAGURCUGCGUUGUCAUUUCUCACGYAGCAAGCCACCUAACAUCAUCGCRCGUUUCCGCCGCRCGAAUCGUUCUCGAGUAGACGCUAAARCAUCAAACUCUAAAACUACCCUGUCGUUGGUCACUCUCGAUGGAAAUCCACCAGCAACACAGUCAAAGCCUACGGAGAAUGGCAAGAUUCAGCAAAGUCCUGACGAGGACGUGGCAAAGMCUCCAACUGAAGAYGAGAAGGAGUYAUGGGAAGAGUGUUGGAAAGACUUCGCUCGUCGACUCGACAUAAUCUUUCUUAUUUUGUUUGCAAUCUUGUUUAUAAUCACGACUUUUGCCACCUUGUUUUCCAGAAAGCCAMACAAUCCCCCUAAAUGA